CGGAACAAACACCGGAGCGCAACUAUGAAGCUCUGCACUACUUUCUUAGAGAAUGAGUAUCAGGGCAAGCUUGUGAGCCAGCGGUGGACGCGAGGAGAAAAGAUCAGCCGCUGCCGGUCCUCUCUCAGAUCACAGAGUCGACCAAUCAAAAUGAGUUUGGACAUCGAUGACAAGCGCGCACGGACACGGUCCAAAGGAGGACGAACGCCCACUGAGAUUGUAGUCCAGGAGCUCAGUACCGUGAGUUGCCCCUUAGCCAGGAAGAGAAGGCUACAGGAGGAGUCAGAACAGAACCACGUUGCCUCAAAGAGGAAAUCUCACCCCCUGAAGUUUGCGAUGGACGAGAGCUUCAAUGCCGAGAGCGAAGGGAGCAGCGAGGAGACAGAAGUCAGCGAGGAACGAGAGAGUCAUGAGAGGAAUCUCAAUAAAGAUCAAGAAAAAGAGGAGGAGGAGGUUAGAAGUGAAAGAGCUGAUGAGAGAGAAAACGGUGAUGAAGAGGAGUGCAUGAUCAUCGAGGCAUCCUGCACAGAGAAGCCUAAAGCUAUGGGAACAGACUAUCUCUCCAACUAUGAGCACAUAGUAGCCAACUCCAUACUGCACCUCUGCAACCAUAAUAACCACAACACAAGUCCACAACAACAACAGCCAGCAGCCAUAAACACACAGAAUGACAGUCCAGCCAGAAGCGAAGAGGAAGAUGAGUUAGAGAGGGAUGGAAAAACAGACAGGAACCAAACGAUUGCUCAGACUUCCAGGAUAACCGAAGUGAAUGAUGAAACGGCGGGUAAACUUGAAAACAAUCAAGAGAACUUGGAAAAUGAAAAGCAGGAAGACUCAGAUCAUCAGUACUUUACAGAGGAGAUUAACGAACAGCCAGAUGAGGAUGAUAAGACACCACAUGACAAAACACAUGAGGAAGAAUCUGACCAGGAAGAAGUGGAAGAUCAGAAGUCAGCACCAUGUGACCUCUCUGAGUCUUCAGUCAUCCCCUCGACUCAUGAUUCCCCCAGCACAGAGGACAACAUCGCCUUCAGACCCCAAUCCCCGCAGCACUAUAUCUCAGACAAGGCCGUAGCAGAUCCUGCGGCCAUUGAGGUGCGGUCGGAGGAGUCGGCCAGAGAGGACGAAGAUGAGGACGACGACACAGAGGAUCGGUCAUCGGACGCAGAUGAGUCAGAGAUGUAUGACAUGAUGCAAGGGAACCUAAGGCUUCUAGAGCAGGCUAUCGCUCUCAAAGCUCAGCAGGUGAAAGGUCACCGGGAGUUCGCCACCAUCCCCGAACAUCAUCACUACUUCCGUCUAGACGAUCGGCCUAGCAAACACCUGGAGCAGCUGCGCAAGAGCUACUAUGGUAAAGAAAGUUCCAGACCAGAAAAGAGAGAGAUCAAGUGUCCCACCCCAGGCUGUGAUGGCACAGGUCAUGUGACUGGACUGUACCCUCAUCACCGCAGUUUGUCUGGCUGCCCCCACAAAGACAGGAUUCCUCCAGAAAUCCUAGCCAUGCAUGAAAACGUCCUGAAGUGUCCUACACCUGGCUGCACAGGACAGGGUCACGUCAACAGUAACCGCAACACACACCGCAGUUUAUCAGGAUGUCCAAUCGCUGCUGCUGAGAAGCUUUCCAAGAGCCAAGACAAGCAGCAGCUCUUACAGCCAAUUACCGAGCCUAAAGGCAGCCCAAACCAGGAGAGACUACACAGACCCAUAUGUUUUGCAAAACAGCUGGAUGUACCUCAAAGUGGCAUCUAUAAGACCAAUAUGAUGCCCAGCACACCUCGGGCUAGUCUGGCUAAAGAGCUGGAGAAGUAUCCCAAGGUCUCAUUCGAUUAUGCAAGUUUCGACGUGCAGGUGUUCGGCAAGCACAUGCUCGCCCCAAAGUUACCCGCCACUGAAUGCUCACCCAAAGCCUUCCAGCCCAAACCUUUAUUCCCAAGAAUUUCUCCUCCAAGCCCCAACAUGCAAAAUACAUAUGGAAAGAGCUCAUGUGGACCACAGGAUUACUCCCACGAUGCCGAAGCAGCACAUAUGGCCGCUACCGCCAUCCUUAACCUGUCCACUCGAUGCUGGGAGAGGCCUGAGAACCUGAGCACCAAGCAUCAGGACAAGAGCAUGGAGAUCGAGGUGGAUGAAAACGGAACUCUGGAUCUGAGUAUGAAAAAGCACAUAAAGAGAAAGGUACACCCACCAAACACAAGCCCGGGCAUGCGCUCCCCUGCCCUCUCGUCAUCAUCCUCCUCCUCCGGGCACCAUAGCAACAAUGCCAUUUCACCCCACUUACAAGCCUACAAGCAGGAGGGCUGGGAGGGUCCACUGGACUACACCAAACCCAAUCGGCAGAGGGAGGAGGACCUGGAGGAGAUAGAUCACACAGCCCAGUCUUGCGUCUCCUCUGACCCUGAGGAUUGUGACAUGAUGCAGGACUGCCCUGACAACAGAAAGUACCCCGGAGAGGUCACGACCCGAAGCUUUAAAAUCAAGUUUCAGCCCAAGGACUGCAAGAAAGAGAUCCUUAUGUGUCCCGCUCCCGGCUGUGAUGGUAGUGGUCACAUUACUGGAAACUAUGCAUCCCAUCGCAGUCUGUCUGGUUGUCCUCUUGCUGAUAAGAGUCUUCGCUCCCUCAUGGCAGCCCAAGCAACCGAGCUCAAAUGUCCCACUCCAGGAUGUGAUGGUUCAGGUCACAUCACUGGUAACUACGCCUCUCAUCGCAGUUUGUCUGGGUGCCCACGUGCCAAGAAAAGUGGAAUCAAAACAACACCCACUAAGGAUGACAAGGAGGACUCGGAGCAUGUCAAGUGCCCAGUGCCAGGCUGUAAUAGUCUGGGUCACAUCAGUGGGAAGUACGCCACCCAUCGCAGCGCAUACGGGUGUCCACUGGCCGCACAGCGCCAGAAAGAAGGCAUGCUGAAUUGCUCACCUUUCUCAUGGAAGGCUUUCAAGACAGAGGGGCCCGCUUGCCCCACGCCAGGCUGUGACGGAUCGGGCCAUGCUAAUGGCAGCUUUCUCACACACCGCAGUCUCUCAGGCUGUCCCCGAGCCACCUUGGCUAAGAAGAAAGCCAAAUUUCCUGGGGAGGAGUAUCUUAGCACCAAGUUCAAGGCCAGUGAUGUGCUUGAUAACGAUGAGGACAUUAAGCAACUCAAUAAAGAAAUCAGUGAGCUCAGUGACUCCAACAAUGAGAUGGAAGCUGAUAUGGUCAAUCUACACACACAGAUCUCAUCCAUGGAGAGAAACCUGAAAAACAUCGAGCAGGAGAAUAAGAUCAUCGAGGAGCAGAAUGAAGCACUGUUCGUGGAACUGUCAGGACUCAGUCAAGCCCUGAUACACAACCUAGCCAAUAUCCGUCUGCCACAUAUGGAACCGAUCACCGAGCAGAAUUUCGAGAACUACGUGAGUACUCUGACUGCUAUGUAUACCAAUAAAGACUGCUACCAGAAUCCUGAGAACAAGGCCCUGCUGGAGACCAUCAACCAAGCUGUAAAAGGCAUCAAGGUCUGACUCUGCCUAAAGCAUCUCCCCCUAGUGGCACGGAAGAAAAAUGCAUCGGUGUGUAGAAGAAUAUGUAAAGAUGCACACAAAAAGGGCAUUCAGGUAUUUUAAACAUGAGCGUUCAUGCUUUCAUUUUCAACCAGGUAGACAAGAAAACAAAUAGAACCAUUUAUAAAACCAGAUCAUUUCAUGAGGGGAAAAUUGAGGUCCUUUAAAGGGCAAGAGGAAAAUGUAGAUGUCCAUGCUUAUCUAGCCCAUUGGAUUAAACAAUCCUAGUGUUGGAGAUUAUUGGACCUUCAUGGCAAAAAAUGCAGCACUUCUUAAGGUGAAUAAUCACGAUUUCAGUCUGUCAAGACUCACUGUCCAAGUUUUCUCUAGGAUUCGAUUGGUGAGGGAGUGAAGCUAAUGGUAAUAAACAAAUCUGUGAGUUUACAAUAAGCUUAAGAUGUGUAUUACCCAUGUAAUUAAAAAAAACAUGCCUUUUCUAUAUAUUUAUGAAUACAUUUUAUUAGUUCUCGAUAAACAUUUAUUUAUUAAUAUUUAAACACUUAGAUUUUAGAAGCAUUUUUCUUUCUU